AUGCCAAUCUCCACCCUACUUUUUUCAUUUGAUAAGUUAGUCGACUAAAAGUUUUUAAUAGAUAUCCAGAAUUUUCGCUCAUUUUUGUUUCAUGGCUCACAUUUUUUUUUCGUAUUUUAUUUGAUCAGCGGUGGGUGGCUGUGUUAGUUAGUUAGUUAUUAAAUACAAACAAAACAAAAACGUACUACCUUUACUUUUUGGUUUUUGUUAGUUUCUCAAUUAUUUACGAAAAUAAUUUAUUCCUUGUUACUAUUUUUCAUUAAGAAUAUCAAAUUUCUUCAGGUUUCCGUUUCUUUUUUUUAGUCAUUCUCAUAUUUUUUCCAGGACCACCAUGUCUUUUUGUGUAUUUUUCUCGCGAUUCACAGUUUUCGUCAUGAAUUUGGCCCAACUUUUAGUUGGUUUGGCUGUAAUUGCGCUAACACUUUGGAUCCGGUUUGAUAAAAGCUUUGAAUCCGAAAUUCGCCAAAAUAUUUUGCAAGAAAAUGAUGCGGAACCUUUGUCUGCCGAUAAAUACGACAUCAGAGUUGGGGUAAGUUGUUUAAUAAAUAGUAAGAGCAAAUAGAACACGGUUUCCCCCACACAAAUUUCUUUUGAAUUUCAAGUUCCUUAUUUUGUUGUCCCCUUGGGGGACUGGGCCGAGCUCAGCAGCAGUGCAACGCUGAGACGACCCUUGGAAAGUCGGAGCAAGCCCCGAGUCUUUCCUAGGUUCCAAAAAUCAUAUAACCUUAAUUACAUUCAUUCGAAUGUAUACCGUAGGUUAAUACGAUAAGAACAGAUACUACACUUUGAUCUUAGCUAAUAAGCCGAAGAAGCGAUGCAGAAAAAUGAAAACGCGCUGAUAAAAAUAAUCAGUGCUGCAGACAGCUGGCUGGUUGUGCGUAGUUGCAUUGAAUGCAUGCAAAGUGGGCGGAGCUUAAUUUUGCUUGAGGGGAAAAUGUUGAUUUUUUUUGAGGAAAAAAGCUGGAAAUAAUGUUUUUGGGUGAAAUUUUACGCUGAAAAAGGGAAAAUUAAUGAAAAAUUUUAAGAAAUGUAUGAAAUUUAUGAAAUAAACUCAAACGUGACCUUAAUUUUCCUCUUUUCAUUUCAAAAUUUUGGAGGAUUUUAUUUUUUCCGCUCUCAGCGACACUUUUCUUUUGGAAAAAAAACUGUAAAUAAAGAUUUUUAGGGUGAAACUUUUUUUUAAAACCUAAAAUUUUGGAGAAAAAACUUCAGACUCCAAAACCAAUUUAUCAAAGUUUUUAAAUUUAAAAAAAUCUAAAAUUUGCAGAUAAUCGUUGCAUUUUGGGUGAUAAUUGGUUUUGCAAUCGCAAAUGUUUUGAUCGGUUUGGUUGGAAUAAUUGGAGCAGUUUUGAAGAAUCGUUUCCUUUUGGCACCAUAUUUUAUAUGUGAAGUUUUGCUGUUUUUACUUGAAGCAGCAAUUGGCAUUGCAAUGUUAUUCAAAAGAAAAACUGUGAGAAGAAUUGUCAAAAAAUAUGUCUACGAUUCUUAUAACAUGAAUUCAGUCUCAGAUAUUCAAGCAUUCAAUAAUCGGGUUGGUUUUUUUCUUGUGUUGCAAACUUGCAAUCUCCCCGAAACCUUUCUAACUUGAAAUUCAAAUAUUCUUUUCAGUACAAUUGCUGCGGAGCUGACAAUCUACCAAAUGUUUCCUGUUUCGCCGGCCAACCAACAUGUUCUUCUGCAGUUUGGGAUCGUCUCGAUUUCACAAUGAUGAUCUUCGGAAUUUCAAUGCUCGGAGUUGUUGUUCUCCAAAUUAUCGUCUCACUUUUCACAGUUCCAAUCAUUUUGGAAGGAAAACGAGAAACAUCCUAUUAUAGCAGAAGAGUUUCAGCCGAUUCUUAA